UUGAUUAGAAGGGGAAAAAGAAACAAAAGGUCGUGAAUGUCUCCGUCCCUCUUCAGGUCUCACGCAAGCUAAGGAUCGGAAUCAGGAAUAUUCCGGCUGCCUGUGAAUCUCCGCCGUUAUUAGAAAACGGAAAAUCGUUAGUCGGUUUAAGAAAGGGAAGAGAUUGUCUACUGAUGUGCAGAAGCGGUUAGUGUGAGGAAGUUAGCGAAGGAUUAUGUCUCUGAGGAUAAAAUUAGUGGUGGAUAAGUUUGUGGAGGAGCUGAAGCAAGCUCUUGACGCCGAUAUACAAGAUCGGAUCAUGAAGGAGAGGGAGAUGCAGAGCUAUAUCGAAGAGCGAGAGCGCGAAGUCGCUGAGCGAGAAGCCGCCUGGAAAGCCGAGCUCUCUCGCCGCGAGACGGAGAUUGCUAGACAGGAAGCGAGGUUGAAGAUGGAGAGAGAGAAUCUGGAGAAGGAGAAGAGCGUUCUCAUGGGGACCGCGUCGAGUCAGGAUAAUCAAGACGGAGCUCUGGAGAUUACUGUGAGUGGUGAGAAAUAUCGGUGUCUUAGAUUCUCCAAGGCCAAGAAAUGAGGGGACAAAAGGGUGUGUGUACUAUGUUACUCUCCUUUUCAUUAGCAAUUAGAUAAGGAUAAGUUUUGUUCUUUGUUUAUGAUGAUGAAAUGGAAAAGAAAUUGUUGAAACGAUACUAAGUUUGUGUAAUAAUUGAUUUCAGUGAAGAAAAGUUUGUGUUUCCUGC